AUGUAUUUGCAAUGGUUCGUCGCUAUAAAUAUUUUGGUAGGAAUAGCCGAAGGAUCAUCAUUAGGAUCAAGUUGCCGAUCGAACGGAGAGUGUAGGGUUACAAACGCACGAUGCUUGAAAGGCGUGUGCGAAUGUCAGCCAUACUUUGCGCGGGUUGACAACUCUACCUGUCUUGAAUCAACUCUUUUGGGAUCUGAAUGCGCAGUAUCCGAACAGUGUACGCUAAAAGUAGCAUAUAGCGCCUGCUUGGACGGCGUUUGUCGCUGCUCUGACGGACAUUUGCAGUUUAGAAAACAUACCUGUCUCUCGCCUGCGCCGCCUGGUCAUGUGUGUUACAGUAACGAACAUUGUCGAUUGUGGGAAAAAGAAAGUCAUUGCGAAUUUGUCCUACCCAAUCUGUUUGGCAGAUGCGCCUGUAACGCCUUUUACAAACAAACAGGAGAUAAAUGCUUAGCUCAAAAACAAACUUCCUAUCCUACGGAAGCCACAAUACUUGAACAAGAUGUGCCAACAAUGGAUUCAUCUAAAAGAACAUCAGUGUACAAGGAAUUACCAACUAAGUUGCCCAAAAAUCCUGAGUCUGAAUUUAGUAAGCCGAAUUUGUUGGUAGACAAAGAUAUCCAACCAAGUAAUUUGCCCAUGUUUACUAGUAAAAAUGACGUACUUAGCACACAAGAAGACAGUCCCUUAAUGCAAGCUGUCCUGAAAGUACCAACUAUAGAGCCAAGUAAGCGACUACCUGUAUCGAAUAGAAAAGAUGGCGAACCGAAUGAAUUGAUUGCAGUAGAUGAAAUGACUGCCAAUUUGCACGCUAACGAUCAACCUAUUUAUAGAGUAGUGACUCAACCGUCUUCUGAUAAGAAAACUAAUAAGAAAGGAUCAUCUAAAGAGCAAAACAACAGCAAGUCUAACAAAAUAGGACAUCAAAAGAAAUCUUCUAUGAAAGAUAAGAACCGUGUCCGCGCGGAGAGCACACCGUACGAGGGGCCAGCUUCGCUGGGCAUACCGUGCGCAGCGGACAGCCAGUGCCUCGCGCUGGACCCGCACUCACGCUGCGUCAACAAGCGCUGUGACUGUGCGUAUCGGAACAAUUCCACAUCGGCUUGUUCUGCACGGAAUAGGGGAUGCCUGCCGGGGACUUUCCAGUGCCGAUCAACGGGUACGUGUAUCAGUUGGUACUUCGUAUGUGAUGGCCGCAAAGAUUGUCCUGACGGAUCCGACGAGAAGUGCCAAGGUACUGGUAAAGACGGUACCGGCGAGCGUUGUCCAAUGCACGCGUUCCGCUGCGGCGGGCCGGGCUCGCCGUGCGUGUCGCGCGCCGCGCGCUGCGACGGCAAGCCGCAGUGCCCCGGUGGAGAGGACGAGCGGAACUGCCGUGCUACUAAGAGAAGAGGUUGCCCGCGACACACAUUCCGCUGUGGCUCGGGCGAGUGUCUCCCCGAGUACGAGUUCUGCAACGCGAUCAUCUCCUGCAAGGACGCGUCUGAUGAGCCGCCGCAUCUGUGCAAUGAACCCUCGAGAUGGCGUGCGGCCGACUUCUGCCCGCUGCGGUGCGGCAACGGGCGCUGCCGCAGCACGGCGGUGGCGUGCUCAGGCCGCGACGGCUGCGGCGACAACAGUGACGAGAUCGCCUGCAGCGUCUGCAGAUGUCCAGCUCCGCCUCAACUACCG